AUGUCGGUCGCACCUGGCUCGAGGUUCCGGGCCGCGGCCCGGAGCUCAGCACGCUCGGAGAUAGACGGCGCCGGGAAGCCAGCCGGGUGGUCCGCAUCGAGACGGGCACUGCGGCGCGAGGCAGUCACCGGAGUCGACGAGGCCCGAGUCCGGCGUGCGUACGACACCGUCCGAGGUGGGCAGGAGGCGACGGGGGUGACCACAUCCGCGGUGACCUCCAGGAGUAGUCAAGUCGGAGAAGCGGUAGCAGGGGACUCCACGCAGGCGCCGGACCCCGGCCGGGCAGGGGAGAGCGGGUACGGGGCCGGCGGGCCAUCCUCCGGCACCACCACGGGGGCGGACUCUGGGGGUGUGGGCGCGGGCAACGGCGUGGCACCCCCAGGGGAGCCCGGUGGAGGGGGCGCGACGGGGGGAGCUCGGCCGUCGGGGGAGCCGCCAGAACUAGGGGCAGCGCCGCUAGGGCCGAAGACGAGGAGCCAGGAGCAGGGAUGGAGCAGGCGGAGCGCGGCGAGGAAGCCGGGAUGA